AUGAAAGGAUGGAGGGAGGGAAGAGCAGUGUUUCUGCUGCCGGUCGCCCUGCUGCUGCCCUGGGUACACAGAUGUCUGGCACUGACAUGUGGCCAAAGAAUAAGGACCAAAUCUGAGAAGUCAGAAACUUUGAAAAUCACAGGCGGGGAACCUGCAGACAUUAUAGAUUUCCCAUGGCAAGUGAGUAUUCUUCACCAAGGGAGCCAUCUCUGUGGAGGAUCCAUCCUCAGUGAGUGGUGGAUUCUAACUGCAUCCCAUUGCUUCAUCAACAAAAAUAAAUCUACCUUGGAGAUCAUACACGGUCAAGGAAUCUUUAACACCAAGAACUUGACGAAGAUGAAAGUGGACAAGCUAAUUACUCACCCUUAUUUUGAUAGCUGGCUCAUGGAUAAUGACAUCGCUUUGCUCUUGCUCAAAUCCCCAUUUAACCUGAGUGCCAACAAAGCACCCAUCUGCCUUUCAGAGGUCACUGACAUACAGAGAUGGAGAAACUGCUGGGUGACUGGAUGGGGCUUUACCAUUCCUAUGCAAGGUAUAAAUCCAGAGCUGCAGAAAGUCGACAUUAAGCUGGUCAAAUGGAACAUGUGCUCUGAAGUGGUGCCUAUGCUCACCAAGAACAUGCUGUGUGCUGGGAAUCCUCAAGGUGGGAAGGACGCCUGCCAGGGUGACAGUGGGGGGCCUCUGGUUUGCCAGAAAAAAAACAACACAAGCCUGUGGUACCAGCUGGGCAUUGUCAGCUGGGGAGUGGGCUGUGGCCGGGAGAAACUGCCUGGAGUGUACACGAAGGUGUCUAAUUAUCUGUUAUGGAUUAACACGGAGACCACACUGUCAGGAAAGCCCUACAGGCAUGAGCCAGACUCCGGGAACAGUUUGCUUCUAUCAUCGUGGGCCAUCUUGUUACUGUAUUUUGUGAUGCUUCUAUUACCCCCAUGA